AUGAUCCGUCAAGAGUUUCACAGAAUUGAUCCGAAGCGACGGGCUACCCUCGACCAUAAGAAGAAGCAGUUCGCGACCCCGACUUUUAAGCAGCAGGACUAUCCCCAUCGCCUGAACUUCUAUGAGACCCCGCCCACGGCAGAGAUCACCUUGGAACAAUUUGAGCAAUGGGCCAUAGACAGACUGAAGAUUCUGGCCGAAAUCGAAGCCUGUUCCUACAGAAACAAAACCGCAGAAGAGACAUCCAAGCAUCUCACCCCUCUCCUUCAGAAAUUUCUUCCUCUAUCCUCGAACACAUCGGUCUCGUCUGGGGCUGGGGGUUCAGAUCCCAGAUUGAGAAAUGAGCGCCAAAAAGAUCACUAUUCUCACUUUAUCCUGCGGUUAGCCUUCUCAGCCACCGAGGACCUGCGUCGACGAUUCGUUAGAGCCGAAACCAUGCUCUUCCGAUUCAGAUUCCAAGGAGAUGAUUCCAGGGAAAGACGGGCCUUUAUCGAGAGCCUUAACCUCGACUGGGAGCCUGUCAGCGACGAGGAGAGAAGGGAGAUGUCGGAGUAUUUAGCCGCUGCAACCCCAGGAUUGCGCCGCGUGGAGGACGAGUCAUGGUACAAAGUGGAUUGGGAAAAAGUUCCAGAACUGGUUGAAAAAAGAUCGGUUUUCCUGGCCAAGGGCAAGGCCUACGUCCCCGGAAGAGAGCAACUGAGUAUGAUUAUGGCGGAAUUCACUGCUCGACUGGAGCGCGCUCUCGAGCUUACUAGUCGCGCCCUACCCCGACUGGAUGAAGACGAUCGCCUCACCCCAAUCCUGAAUCAUUUAUCUAAAAAUUUCGGUAGCGCUGAGUCGGUGUAUUCCGAGGGCGAAGGUGUGGUGGAUGGAGCUCCGAUCACCGCGGCCAACAUCGAUCGUCUCGCCCAGCAUUUCCCACUUUGCAUGCGCAGUUUGCACAUGAAUUUACGCAAAAACAACCACCUGAAGCAUUACGGUCGACUUCAAUACACCCUCUUCCUGAAAGGCAUUGGGCUUUCUCUUGAGGAGUGUAUUCUCUUCUGGCGCCAGGGGUUCAAAGGCCUCACCGACGAUGAAUUCAACUCCCGAUACAAGUAUAAUGUCCGCCACGCAUACGGAGACGUUGGUGGUGAUGUCAACCGGAGAGGUCGCGGUUAUCCGCCAUACUCGUGCCAGAAGAUCCUCAGUGAUUCCAAUCCCGGAGUGGGACAGACCCACGGAUGCCCCUACCGUCACUUCUCCGUUGAUAAUCUGAUCGGACUGCUCCAAUCGACCGGAAUACACGAUAAAGAGGUCUUGAAAGGAGUCCGAGAAGACGUUGAAAAGACUCGAUAUCACAUCGCUUGCAACCGCGUUUUUGAACACAUUCACAAGGCGGACAUUAAGAGAGUCAAAGAAGAUGGGUCAUGGAGUCAAACCGAUCUGGACACCAUUGUUCAUCCCAACACCUUCUUCAAGCGCAGCUACCUUCUCAAGCAAGCGGCAAAGGCACCCAGAAAUGCCUAG